AGCCAUCAGUGGGGAGAGAACGGGUGCCAGGCAUGACAGACCCUGAAGACCCCCCCAGAGCCAGCCCCGGGGAGGCGGGCGAGCCCCCCGGGGAGGAGAGCGGGCCUCCUGCGGAGACGUUCCCCCUCUCCUCCUUGGCCAACCUGUUUGAAGGGGAGGAUGGCUCGCCCUCGGCAGGGGGGGAGCCGAGCCGCAGCCCACCGGGCCAGGGGGACGCCCGGCAGAACCUGCGCAUGAAGUUCCACGGGGCGUUCCGCAAGGGCAUGCCCAACCCCAUGGACCUGCUGGAGUCCACCAUUUACGAGUCCUCCGUCGUGCCAGGCCCCAAGAAGGCCCCCAUGGACUCCCUCUUUGACUACGGCACCUACCGGCACCACCCCAGUGACAACAACAAGCGGCGCCGGAAGAAGAUCACAGAGAAGGAGCCCCAGAACCCCAAAGCCCCGGCUCCUGAUCCACCCCCCAUCCUCAAAGUCUUCAACCGGCCCAUUCUUUUUGACAUCGUGUCCCGGGGCUCCACUGCUGACCUGGACGGACUUCUCUCCUUCCUGCUCACCCACAAGAAGCGCCUGACAGAUGAGGAGUUUCGUGAACCUUCCACGGGAAAGACGUGUCUGCCCAAGGCCCUGUUGAACCUGAGCGGUGGACGCAAUGACACCAUCCCGGUGCUCCUGGACAUCGCGGAGCGCACUGGGAACAUGCGGGAGUUCAUUAACUCGCCCUUCCGAGAUGUCUACUACCGAGGUCAGACCGCCCUGCACAUCGCCAUCGAACGCCGCUGCAAACACUACGUGGAGCUCCUGGUGGCCCAGGGGGCCGACGUCCACGCCCAGGCUCGCGGGCGCUUUUUCCAGCCCAAAGAUGAGGGGGGCUACUUCUACUUUGGUGAGCUGCCUUUGUCCCUGGCUGCCUGCACCAACCAGCCCCACAUCGUGAACUACCUGACCGAGAACCCUCACAAGAAGGCGGACAUGAGGCGCCAGGACUCUCGGGGCAACACGGUGCUGCACGCCCUGGUGGCGAUCGCCGACAACACCCGGGAGAACACCAAGUUCGUCACCAAGAUGUACGACCUCUUGCUCAUCAAGUGCGCCAAGCUCUUCUCCGAGAGCAACCUGGAGGCCGUGGCCAACAACGACGGCCUUUCGCCCCUGAUGAUGGCCGCCAAGACGGGCAAGAUCGGGAUUUUCCAGCACAUCAUCCGCCGGGAGGUGACGGAUGAGGAUGCGCGACAUCUGUCCCGCAAGUUCAAGGACUGGGCGUACGGACCUGUAUACUCAUCCCUCUAUGACCUGUCCUCGCUGGACACCUGUGGGGAGGAGUCCUCAGUUCUGGAGAUCCUCGUAUACAACAGCAAGAUUGAGAACCGCCACGAGAUGCUGGCUGUGGAACCAAUCAACGAGCUGCUUCGGGACAAAUGGCGAAAGUUUGGAGCCGUUUCCUUCUACAUCAGUGUUGUCUCUUAUCUGUGUGCCAUGAUUAUCUUUACCCUCACUGCCUACCAUCAGCCCCUGGAGGGCACUCCCCCAUAUCCAUACCAUACAACUGGGGACCACCUGCGGCUUGCCGGAGAGAUCAUCACCCUUUCCACCGGAGUCAUAUUCUUUCUCUCAAGUAUCAAAGACCUCUUCAUGAAGAAGUGUCCAGGGGUGAAUUCUUUAUUCAUUGAUGGUUCCUUCCAGCUGCUCUACUUUAUUUAUUCAGUGCUGGUGAUUGUCUCCGCUGCAUUGUACCUGGCGGGCAUUGAAGCCUACCUGGCAGUGAUGGUCUUCGCCCUGGUCCUGGGUUGGAUGAAUGCCCUCUACUUCACUCGGGGGUUGAAGCUGACAGGGACCUACAGCAUCAUGAUCCAGAAGAUCCUGUUCAAAGACCUUUUCCGUUUCCUGCUGGUCUAUCUCCUCUUCAUGAUUGGCUAUGCUUCAGCUCUGGUCUCACUGCUGAAUCCGUGCCCCAGCAGUGCCGCCUGCAAGGAGGCACAGUCCAACUGCACGGUCCUCAGCUACCCAUCCUGCCGGGACAGUCACACCUUCAGCACCUUCCUCUUGGACCUCUUCAAGCUGACCAUUGGCAUGGGGGAUCUGGAGAUGCUGAGCAGCGCCAAGUACCCCGUAGUCUUCAUCAUCCUGCUGGUCACUUAUAUCAUCCUUACCUUUGUGUUACUGCUGAACAUGUUGAUUGCGCUCAUGGGAGAGACAGUGGGCCAGGUGUCCAAGGAGAGCAAGCACAUCUGGAAGCUCCAGUGGGCCACCACUAUCUUGGACAUCGAGCGUUCUUUCCCGGUGUUUGUGAGGAAGGCCUUCCGCUCUGGGGAGAUGGUCACUGUGGGCAAGAGCUCGGAUGGCACACCAGACCGGAGGUGGUGUUUCAGGGUUGAUGAAGUGAACUGGUCUCAUUGGAACCAAAAUCUGGGAAUUAUUAAUGAGGAUCCAGGCAAGAACGAGACCUAUCAGUACUAUGGCUUCUCACACACCGUGGGCCGCCUUCGCCGGGAUCGCUGGUCCACGGUGGUGCCCCGAGUUGUUGAGCUGAACAAGAAUGCCCACUCGGACGAUGUGGUGGUGCCAUUGGACCAUAUGGGCACUUCUGCUGCCCCUGUUCAGAGACAGAGCUACCCUCAUAACUGGAGGACAGAAGAUGCCCCGCUCUAGUGGGGUCUGGGAGCCUCGGGGAGGGCCCGGCCAGGAACUCAAGCACCCGCAUUGGCUGGUUGGCAUGGAAAGGACAGAGCAAUUCCCUGCUGGCUCCUGCCUGGCCCUAGCUCUUCCCUGGGUAAUCUGCCUCUCGGCACCCUCUUUGUGCUGGCCCAGGGUUUGCCAGCAUUUCCAAGGGAAUCUUCCACGAGGACUUCUUAGUUUCCUGGCCCUGACUCCAGAGAGGUCUGGACAAAGAGAGGUCCAGCAAUGCCGUACAUUGGAGGGCACUGAGAGUGUCGAGUGGUAUCUCUGGUUGAGCCGUGUGAAAGGUCAGACCAUGGUACGAUGGAGAGAGCCGGAGCUGGAGAAUCUGGGGUUGCCUCCUGGCUCUGGUACUUUCUGUGUGACGUUGGCCAAAUCACUUCUCAUUCUCAGGUUAGGGGUGGACUAGAUGACCUUGCAGCUGUAAACCCUCUGAGCCCAUGACUCUUUCUUGUUCACUUAUGAACCCUGUCCCAUAUUCACAUUAAGCACAGUGGGGAAGGUCAGUCAAGGAAAAGAAGGCAAACGGUUUUCAGCAGAGGUCCCAGCCCCUUUGGCCCUGGAAAAGCCCAUCCUCAGCCUCUUCUCACUCCCAUGGAGUUCUACCGGUCAGUAUGGUGUGGCCAAUGGAGAAGGGGCACUCUGUCCCUGAGUCAGCUACAGGGAGGCACUUCCCACCCCUUCCCUGGCUUUGGUCAGACUCUCAGCCUAUUUAUUUGCUCUUUUCUAGCUCAGGAAGGAAGUUUGUGGCUAGAGGGCAAAGGAGCUGUGACCUCCGUGGAGGUCUUUCCAGCUCCGAGCCCCGCCUGGUCCUACUUUUACCAAUCCCAUGUCCCAAUGUCCACUUGCCAACAUGGUACGGACACAGCCGAUGGCUUUGCUUAAGAGCCAGGGAACUUCAAGGGGCAAGGACUGUGUCCUCUGUAUGUUCUGGUUGGUGGAUGGACAAUGUGAGCAGGUACUCAAUAAAUAUUAGUUUAUGAUGUUGGUAA